AUGUCAACAACCGAGAUUUGCUCUUAUCCAACGGUACAGGAAUUAUCCAAAGCACUCGCUGAUUAUGUCGCUAACUUGUCACGCGAGACAGUGUCAGCAAGGAAUAGGUUUACGGUUGGAUUAUCAGGUGGAUCGUUACCAAGGAUACUAGCAGCGGAAUUAAAACAUAGAACAGAUAUUGAUUGGGAUAAGUGGAUAGUCUUUUUUUGUGAUGAAAGGCUCACCCCAUUAGAUUCGGAAGAUUCUAAUUACAAGUUGGCAAAAGAAGAACUCUUCGAUCAUGUCUCCAUACCAGAGUCUAACAUAUAUACGAUCGACGAAUCUCUGAUUGCCGAUGCCGAAGAAGCCGCUAAUGACUAUCAAGACAAACUAAUCUCGGUAUUUGCCGCAAUGAACACUGCCAAAUUUCCUGUCUUUGAUCUUUUACUACUCGGAAUGGGCCCCGAUGGACACACGUGUUCAUUGUUCCCAGGCGAUGCGUAUGCUGAAGUUUUGAACGAAUCGCUAGCAUGGGUGACGUUUGUUGAGAACUCACCCAAGCCACCACCGAGAAGAAUUACAUUUCCACCGACAGUACUUAAUCACGCGCAUAACGUUGCGUUUGUUGUGACGGGAGAGGGAAAAAAGGUUGUGUUGAAUAAGGUGAUUGACUUGCACGAUACCACUUAUCCAGCUGCGAUGGUUAAACCAAUUAAUGGAAAGUUGGUUUGGUUCUUGGAUGAUGCUGCCAGUGCUAAUCUGGUUGCUUUAAAAAAGUAA